CAAAGGGAAGCCGGGAGGCUGGACGCGUGAAACCUGUCGCGCGUUUGGUUAACCCAAUACCUCAAGAAACUCGAAGUUACAGUAACGAUAUCCGUCCAUCGACUCAGCACAGAUCAAACAAAUAGUGCCGUGAUAAAACGCGUAACUGUUUCUAGUAUCUACCUUCUGGAAGCAGUACCUGAUUGACUGAUCUAAUCACAGGUGUUGAAGUUCAACCAAAAGAAUGCGUCUGAGGCAACGUAUGUCCCCCCUGAAGCUUGCUGUUCUAGGGGGAACACUUUUCAUGGUGGUUCUGGUGGUGCUCCAGAGGGACAUUGGCAGCGCUUCUCUACAGGACCCCUGGCUGCGAGAUCUCUCAGACAAAAAGGAGAGAGUUUUUGAGAUGGUUCGGGUGGCAGUCAACAAUUUUGCUUUCCAAAUUGGAGCCCCUCAGCCCCCACCAGUGGAGCUACUGCCCACACCUAACAGAAACUGCCCCUCCGGCUUCUAUACGCAAGCAGAACUCAAACCAUGGAUGGAGAGACCUCCACAGGACCCUGAGAGCCUCGGAGCUGAUGGCAAAGCUUUCCAGAAAGCCAGCAUGUCUCCAGAGGAGGAGAAGGAAAAACAAGAUGGCAUGACCAGGCACUGCUUUAACCAGUUCGCCAGCGACCGGAUCUCCUUGCACCGCAGUCUCGGAGAUGACACCCGCCCGCCUGAGUGUGUUGAACGAAAGUUUCGCCGCUGUCCUCCUCUUCCCACCACCAGUGUGAUCAUUGUUUUCCACAACGAGGCAUGGUCAACACUUCUGCGUACUGUGUACAGUGUGCUGCACACCUCCCCAGCAGUCUUCCUCAAGGAAAUCAUAAUGGUGGAUGAUGCCAGCACAGCAGACCACCUACAUGGUAAGCUGGAUGAGUAUGUGAAGUCACUGAAGGUCGUGAGGGUUGUGCGUCAGCCGGAGAGGAAGGGCCUCAUCACGGCGAGGCUUCUUGGAGCCAGCAAAGCCCAGGGGGAUAUCCUCACCUUCCUGGAUGCCCACUGUGAGUGCUUCCAUGGCUGGCUUGAGCCUCUCCUUGCUCGAAUUGUUGAGGAACCUACUGCUGUGGUGAGCCCCGAAAUCACAACCAUUGACUUAAACACCUUCCAGUUCCACAAGCCCAUGUCAAAUGCCCGUGCCCACAACAGAGGCAACUUCGACUGGAGUCUCACAUUUGGCUGGGAGGGAAUUCCUAACUAUGAGAAUGCGAAACGCAAAGAUGAGACCUACCCAGUAAAAACUCCCACAUUUGCUGGUGGUUUAUUCUCCAUAUCCAAGGCCUACUUUGAGAAAAUUGGAACCUAUGAUGACAAGAUGGAGAUCUGGGGUGGUGAAAAUGUGGAGAUGUCCUUCAGGGUGUGGCAGUGUGGUGGACAAUUAGAGAUAAUCCCAUGCUCAGUUGUGGGUCACGUCUUCCGCACCAAGAGUCCUCACACCUUCCCCAAAGGUACAGAGGUCAUUACACGUAACCAGGUACGCCUGGCUGAGGUGUGGAUGGAUGACUACAAGCUGAUUUACUACCGACGCAACCAAAAUGCAGCUAAAAUGGCCAAAGAUAACAACUAUGGUGAUAUAUCUGACCGUCUGAAACUCAGAGAAAGCUUGCAGUGUAAGAACUUUUCUUGGUACCUCACCAAUGUCUACCCAGAGGCAUUUGUACCUGAUCUGACCCCUGUCAAGUUUGGAGCACUCAAAAACCUUGGGGCCCAGCGUUGUCUGGAUGUUGGAGAGAGUAACAAUGGAGGAAAGCCUAUGAUUAUGUAUAUAUGUCACAACAUGGGUGGCAAUCAGUAUUUUGAAUAUACAUCACACAAUGAGCUGAGGCAUAACAUUGGAAAGCAGCUCUGCCUGCAUGCAACUCCUUUUCCCACACAAGUGAAGAUUGAGCUCUGUACAUUGAAGGGUAGAGGCAGUAGUUUGACUCCUGAACAAGAGUGGUUGUUUACAGAAGACCAACUGUUGAAGAAUCCCUCCUCUGGAAAGUGUCUCCACCUUAAGGGAGACCAAGUUGUAAUGAGCCCUUGCAAUCCAAUAGACCUUCACCAGCACUGGGCUUUCAGUUGAUCUCUGCCUUCUUCCAAGGAACAAUGACCUUCACUCCCAUGUUGGAGCAAAGCAGCCACAGCCUAGGCUGAUUGAACUCAAAGUUGUCAAACUCCCUGUAAGCCUGAUCGAGUGGAGUGGAGUGGAGUGGAUUGCUCAUAUUAUUUGCCUUCCAAAGACAUUGUGAUCGCACUGUGGUGCUCAAGACGCUCAGGGAAAUCAUGCACAUCCACUGAAGCUUUGGAAGUGAACAAUCCGGCAGCAAGAUUGUUUACUGAAAGCUAUAUAUUUUGUCUUAUUUGAUUGUUUACUGCUGGUUUUUAAAAUGGUGUAGGUUUUAUUUCUUUAAGAACUAUUUUUGGAACUUUGCUAGUGUUAAGGCCAAUGAGUGGCUAUUCUUGCCAACAACACUUGUGAUAUUUGUACGUAGUAAAUCAUUUGCACUUGCUGCAGGGGAAUGAGGGCUGUAUUUCAGAGGUAGUAAAUUGCUGUAUGGCUGGACGAGUUUUCAGCUCCUCAAAGCCAUCUUUUUGUAUGUGGUAGCAUUGUGUGGCUCCCAUCACGUGAUUCAGUUUAAGCUCUUUUGGGGGAAAAUCUUACUCUGAAAAUAUAAGUUGAACUUAGAUGGUUUCCCUUUUAAUGACCCUUUAGAUUAUUCAUCAUAAACCUUGAAUACCCAGAUUUCUGGGGGGGUGGGGGGCUUACUUGCACUUAUACACUGUUUGAAGUAUAUCACGUAUGUUUCUACAGUAUUAAAAAUCAUAUGAAAGUCAUAUACAUACAAGUUAGAGGGGUCUGUCUGUUAAAAUACAAUUUAAUUUGUAAGUGAUAAUCACUUUAGCUUUGUGGUAGAAAGGAAAAAGUGUUGCAGCAUGGCAUGUUCAUAUUCGCCAGUAGGUGGCAGGCGAUAUUUAUAAAUGGGCUUGGCAGUAGGCCUAGUGAUGGGCAUUCCGGCUCGUUCAGCUCGGCUCACCGAAAUGACUCUCAUUUUUUUUUUUUUAUGUUUUUUUUUUUUAAUGUUUUGUAUUUUUUUCAAGUCAAACAGUUUGCGAUAGUUUCACUAUAAUUGGUGUUGAAAAAAAAUUAUAAUUAAAUUGCUAAUAGAAAUCAUACACUACCUUAACCACAAUGUAUUUAAAAUGCAUUGGUUUGCUAUGAAAAAGAAUGAUAUUAAACAUUUAAAAUUAAAGUAUAACUUUUUAUUGUAUAGAAACAAAGUGCACAUAAAUCUAACCAUUCAAAACGAAUACAAUCUGAACAGCAUAAUGGAAUAUUGCACCAUAUCAAAGAAAAAUAAUUAAAAAUGUGUAAAACUGCAGCAUCCCACAAAUUGAAAUAAAUAUAAAUAUGGAUGCUAUUUCACAUGUGCAUUUCAAGUUUAACUUUACGUAGGCCUAUAUAAACAAAGUGCAUAUAAAUGUAACAAUUCAAACGAAUACAAUCUGAACAACAUAAUAAGUUGGCUCAACCCUCCCUCACGCAUCUUUGGUUCAUUGGUUGACACUGAGUGUCUGAUUGACAAGAACAACACGUGAGAACAAAACGAAUGUGCGCUUGAGAAUUUAGUCCUAUAUUAGCCUAUUAUUAUUAUUAUUGUCGUUAAUUAUAUUCAUGUAAAUCUUUUGAUUAUUCAUAUCUUUAUUUUUUUUAUACAUCUAUUUUUAUCAAUAGAUUCGGCUCUACUGAUAUUCACCGACGUUCACCUACAAGAGCCGGCUUUUAGAGCAGACUCGUUCGCGACAAUGACCCAAAAACGACCCAUUUGGCAGACGCGUUUAUUCAAUGCGACUUACAGUGCACUUAUUAAAGGGACAAUUCCUCUAGAGUUAAGUGCCUUGCUCAGGGACCCUAUGGUGGUGGAUGUGCGGAUCGAACCAGCAACCGUCUGAUUACCAGUUAUGUGCUUUAGCCCACUACGCCACCAAGGUGGUUCUUGGAAAUGUUGUACUGAUAAUAUCCUUUCUUUCACUGAUGAACUAAUCCUUUUACGUGGCGUGAGAGUUGGUGCUGUUUAUCCAUCAUGUUGGCUACAGUAUAAUCCAAUCUUUUGAACUAGCUGGGUUUUUUUUAUCUAAUGUCAAACUGCAGUGUAGAUCUUAAGGCUUUAUUCAACCAAUAUCCAAUUUCAAAAAUAACCACCAAAAUGCCAAUGCGACUACAGUAAGAUGCUUGUUAAUGUCAUUUUAUUUUAUUUCUCACACUAGUUAACACUGUUGUAUACCAUACAGGUUAUUGUAAACUGUUUUGGCUCGUGGUGGCCAUGGUACAUUUUUGUAAGUGUCAUUAGUCUGUAGCUCAAGUAGGCCUACUCUUUACAUCCAUUGUAAGGUGGAACCAAUGUGGAAAAAUAGAUCUAAAUAUUGUUUGA